GAGUGGGCGUGCGGCAAUGGCAGGCGGGCCGACCUUAGUGCAGCGCGCUGUUGACCUCAACUACUGGAGCCGCAAGCGCGCCACUGGUCUGCGAUGGAGCGCGGUUAAUGCCGCUGCGCUGUUGGUGCUGGCUUACGACCUGUCGUGCAAGUGCCCGGGCUACACGUCGCCGCUGCACUACGUGGAGAUGUUCAUGGCGGCGGUGGCGUGCGCCAAUCUGCUGCAGUACGCGCUGCAGCUACUACCGCGAGCCUGCACUGCCGCGCCCCUACUUUCCGUCACACCUGCGCAGCGCCAGCUGCUUGGGCUAAGUGAUUCUGAUCUUGGUGAUGAACCUAUACACAAAGUAUUGAAGUAAUACUGCUGUGCCCUCUGUAUUUUCUUUUUCUAAAGUCAAACCAGUCAACUUAUUAGCACAACGACCAACAUUCAGAUAGAAUGCUAAAGAGGAGUUACAAGAAACUUUGUUUUGAAACCUAUAGUAAAACUUAAUCUAUUAGAUUUGCGGGAAAUUCCUGCGGAAACUGAC